UAUUACAAUAUGGAACACAAUUGAAUGCGAAUCUGUAGUAACAAUCUGGUGCUGGUUUUUUUUAUGCUAGUAGUUAAAAAGAGCAAACCAGCCUUGCGAGGCUCAUAUUAUUUCAAUAAGUGCGACAAUACAAAUAGAAGUAUUUUUGUGUAGCUUGAUCCAAAAGAAACCCACACUUGUCUCUAACGUGCUGGUAAACGUUACUAUUGUUCAUUUUUCUGCAAGACUACUAUGACUACCAUUAUGAAUGUUGACAAGUGUUUGAGCGAUUUAGGAGGUUUUGGACGUUACCAACUUGUUAUUAUCGUACUGUUCGGAGUUCUAGCUUCCUGUUUGCCAGCCUGGCAAGUGUUUUCGUUCAUAUUCAUUCUGUAUGAACCGCCACAUUACUGCAAAACUGAACUUGAACCAAACAUCAGUAUACCAAUUGCAGGCGAUGGAAAAUAUGAGAAGUGUUCUAUGUUCAGAAACAGUAACGGCAGCGAUGAAUUUUCAGAUGAAACAAUGCCUUGCACAGAUGGUUGGCUAUACGAUGUUGCGGAUGGUGAAAUCUCACUUGUUACAGAGUUAGAUCUAGUGUGUGACCAAACGAUAUUGUCUACAACUGCUGUUUCUAUUUACUUCUGUGGAAUUCUAGCAGGAUCCUUUAUAACUGGUCAAUUAUCAGAUUUAAUUGGCCGAAAGAAAACAGCAGGGUUAACAAUACUUGUUGGAGCAAUUGCUGGGACAGUUCUGGUGGUUACUAAAGGUUACAUUGCGUUUGUCGUUGUGUGGUUUGUGUUGGCAAUGUGUGAAAUGUCUGUGGUGACGACCUUGUUUAUACUGUAUGCAGAGCUGUUUCCUCCAAAGGAAAGGACACUUGCUCUAUGUAUCAACACUAUUGCCUGGGGACUUGGAUUUUGUCUAUUGACACCUAUAGCUUACCUUUUUCCAAAUUGGCGCCAUUUCCAAUUGGCAAUAACACUCCCGUUUUUACUGUUUGUUCCUUUUUGGUGGUUUGUAGUCGAAUCACCUAGAUGGCUUUUAAGCAAAAACAGAUACAAAGAGGUAGAACAAGUUUUUAAGAAAAUCGCAAAAUUUAACGGAAAAUACGACAGGUUUGUCACUUGGAAAAUUUCGGAUGAUGACAAAACCGACAUCACAUUAAAAGAUGUUGGCAUAAUGGAUAGCAGUAAUGGUGAGAAUGAAGCAAAGGAAAUGGAGGUGAAAAGAUCGCCACGGAAAGUGUACACAAUACUGGAUACGGUUAGGACACCACAAAUCAGAAAACAUACUAUUGUGCUGUUUUACCUAUGGUGUGUGAACAGCAUGGUGUACUAUGGAUUAGCACUCAAUUCAUCUAAUGUGGCGGGAAACCGAUACAUUAACUCGUUUCUUCUAGGGCUCGCGGAAGUUCCAGCCUACAUUUUUACAGCUUUUGCGAUGCCGCGAUAUGGUCGCCGGAAACUAGGUCUAAUAUUCCACAUCCUGGCAGCUGUGGCUUUGUUUCUUAUUCUUGUAGUUCCAGAGGAAACAGAUGAUGGCAAAAACUUGACAAGUAUUAUCACUACACUGGCAUUCCUAGGCAAGUUUGGUAUUACUACAAGCUACACCGUCGUUUGGAUUUUUGCUUCCGAGAUUUUCCCGACGGUUGUCAGAAAUAUUGGCUUCAGUGCGUGCUCAAUGUCUGCAAGAAUUGGUGGAAUUGUAGCACCAUAUGUCAUGUACCUGGGAAAAUAUGUAUCAUGGAUUCCGUUAUCGAUAUUUACUGUUUUGUCGUUGACCGCUGGUUUCAUGAUGUUGUUGCUACCUGAGGCAUUGAACCGCCCUCUACCAGAAACAAUUGAAGAUGGAGAAAACUUUAGGAACGUCAUUCCUCUGACAAAUACUGAAUAUCAAAAAGCCAAAUCUGAAGACGAACUACCAAACGAAUCAUACACCAAUGCAUAAAAAAAAGCACGCAGUUGAUUUACGGUGCUUUAAAGAAGACCAUGAUUAAAUUAGGGAGUUUUCGAUGCACGACGUUAACCUUAACUGUAACCAAUGACGUCAUAAUUUAUUCAUCUUGCGUUGUGGAGUACGUUAAUUUCACGAUUUUACGUGCUCGACGUACGUUAUUUAC